UUUGAAGGUUUUGACAAUUUAGCAGAUACUUUAAUUCUUAUUAUCACUCAGCAUAGCAAGCUUUCAGUUUUAUUAAUACAAAAUAAACAUUGUAUUUGUAGUAAUGGUGGUGGAAGAAGUGGUGCAUUUCUGGCGUUAGAUGCUAAUUUGGAAUUGUUAAAGAGGACGGGGCAGAUUGAUGUAUUUGAAUAUGGUAAAAUCUUGAUUAAUUCUCGACCACAUUUGAUCGAUUCUGUUGAUCAGUACCAAUUCAUUUAUGAUGCUCUUGCAGAGGCAGUGUUAUGUAAUAUUCAACCAAUUGAAAUGUGGAGGUUGAAAGAAAGAAGCUCAAUGUAUAAAGCUAAAAAAAAUCGUCAGAUGAUGGAAGCACAAAAUGCUGAUGAAGCUAAGCUACUAGUGAUGUUGACACCUACACUGAGGAUAGGGGAUUGCGCGGGUGGUCAUCGGCUAGAAAACCGUGGUAAAAACAGAGAUAUUAUGGUGGUGCCACCUGAUCACGCUCGACCAUAUCUACAAACAUUACACGGCGAAAGCAAAGAUUAUACCUAUAUCAAUGCGGUGGAAGUUGAUGGAUUUAAGCGAAAAAAUGAAUUUAUUGUAACAGAAUGGCCAAAAAAUUCAACUUUGGAUAGUUUUUGGACAUUAGUAUUUGAUCAUAGCUGUCAUACAAUUGUUAAUUUAAGUAAUCAAGGACAUGCUCGAACAUAUCCAUCAUUUCUACAAAACAGAGGAAGACAUACGUAUGGGCCUUUCGUUGUUGAAAUUUUAAAUCAUCACCAGUACCCGUCGAUGACUUCACAUGUGGUCAAAGUUAUGAAAAAAGUAUGUUUUAACUUUAAUUCUUUAUUCGAAAGUUCACAUUUUUUCAUCUUUGCAAUAAAGUUUCUCCAACAUUUUUAUGAAAUAAUAAGGUGUAUUUCAGUUCCCUAUAAAUAA